AUGGUCCAAGCUAAGAUUAUUGCUGCGGCUUUGGCUGCUUGCCUUGUCGAAAGUGCCAAUGCUGGUGCUUGCAAACCCAGAUCGUCAUUGUCUACCGAAAGUCAAUCAAUAUUGAGCACUGUCUCUUCUGCUGCUUCCAGCAUUGCGACCGAAACGUCAACCAUUGCGGAUACAUCUACAAUAGCUGAGACAUCUACCAUUGCCCUCACCACCACCUCUCAGAUCCCCGAGUCAUCGUCUACCACGUCCGAAGCAUCCACCACAACCGCUGCAGCGCCAGUUGAUCCCGUCUGUGGUAAACAUGGCACUUGCAAUCCUAAUGGUAUCAAUGGUUGUGGAUCUCGCAGCGCCAGAGGUCAAGGAUACUAUCUUGGAGAAUGUCAAGAUCUUUGCCGUGCCGACCCUGAUUGCAAAGCCAUACUAUACAACACCCAGGGAGGCCAAUGCUUUCUCAGCUUUAAUACGGCCCAAGACUCAGAAUUCUACGAAGUUUCAGAUCCAACGAUUGUCUGGUACGACGACGUUUGCGAUAUUGAGAAGCGCGAGCCUGACCCCAUCUGCAGUGCUUAUGGAGACUGCAACCAGAGCCUAUGUCAGCUCAUGGCCGUGUCAGGCUCCUAUACCGCCGAGACCUGCCAGAGGUCAUGCGCUAGCGACCCCAACUGCGAAUCUUUCGUCUACUUCCCUGCUUUCGAAGGCUGCUACACUCUUGAAAAGUCUCUGUUCAAGUCUGGGUUCUUUCAAAAGCAAACAUCUGGUGGCUUGUGGUUUGAUCGCGCCUGCAACGUCCAGGUGAUUACAGAUUAA